CCAAUCGCAACCCCAAGCUCACCUCGAAGACGACGACGACAGCUGCCCCCGACUCCCACCCUCCCGACCGAUCCCACGACGCAGGGGAAUGGACCAAUUGGUCAAAUCACCACCAUGGAGUUCCUAAAAGCCGCCUCCCUCCGGCGCCUACCGACCUCAAAAUGGUCACUCACCACCCGCCGCCAGACCUGGACGUGUACCUCCUGCCUCUCCUCCUCCUCCUCCUCUCCUCGAAGAUUCACCACCUCCCUCCCCCGACUCUCCUCUACCACCGACUUGCCCACCAAACCCUACUAUGUCACCACCCCCAUCUUCUACGUCAACGCCGCCCCCCACAUCGGCCACAUGUACUCCAUGACCCUCGCCGACGUCCUCAAACGCUACCAAUCCGUUCUCCACUCCCGUCCCGCGAUCCUCCUCACAGGAACAGACGAACACGGCAUGAAAAUCCAGCAAGCGGCCUCCAACAAAGACAUGCACCCCAAGCAAUUCUGCGACGAAACCGCCGAACAGUUCAAAGAGCUGGCCUCUACAGCCCAGAUAUCGUACAACCGCUUCAUCCGCACCACCGACACCGACCACAUCCAAGCGGUGGAACAUUUCUGGUUUUUGCUGCAAGAAAAGGGGUUGAUAUACGAGAGUAAACACGAGGGAUGGUAUUCCGUUAGUGACGAGGCGUUUUAUCCAGAAAGUCAGAUCGAGAAGAAGAUGGAUGCUUUCACGGGGGAGGUUUUCAUGGCCAGCGUCGAGAGCGGGAGUAAGGUUGAGUGGGUGGAGGAGAGGAAUUACCACUUCAGGAUGACGGCUUUACGGGAGAGGUUGCUGGGGUUUUAUGGGGAGAAUCCGGAGUGGGUGGUGCCGGCGAAGAGGAUGGGGGAUGUGGUGGAUUGGGUUAGGAAUCAUUUGACGGAUUUGUCGAUUUCGAGACCGGCGAGUAGGUUGAGCUGGGGGGUGAGGGUGCCGGGGGAUGCGAGCCAGACGAUAUACGUCUGGGUGGAUGCUUUGAUUAAUUACAUCACUGCGGCGGGGUUCCCGAACUGGCAGCCGGGAAGGAGGGAGGUGGGUGGGUGGCCGGCGGAUGUGCAUGUCAUUGGGAAGGAUAUUGUUAGGUUUCACUGUGUGUAUUGGCCGGCGUUGUUGUUGGCGUUGGAUUUGCCGAUGCCGAAGAAGGUGCUCACGCACGCGCACUGGACGAUGAACAGGACGAAGAUGAGUAAGAGUUUGGGGAAUGUGGUCAAUCCGAUGUAUGUCAUGAAUGUGCACGGGGCGGAUGUGUUGAGGUUUUACCUCAUGUUCGAGGGGGGGAUUGGGAAUGAUGCGGAUUAUAACAAUGAUAACUUGCUGGUGAAGCACAAGAAGUAUUUGCAGGGAGGGGUGGGGAAUUUGGUGUCGAGGAUAACGAGGUCGAAGCUUUGGAAUCUGAAGGAGAUUAUUUCGAGAUCGCCGAGGGGGAGGAUAGAGUUCCCGGAGGACAACUUGGCGACGCUCCCGGCGAUUGUGGACAAGCACAUGGAGAAUCUGGAUCCUGUCUCUGCUCUGCGGGCCAUCAUGGAGGUCGCAACUCAGGCCAACGCCCUUCUCUCGGAAAUAGAACCCUGGAGGUUAAAAAAGAGCACCACCCGAGAAGAUCAUGAUCUCGCCGACGAAAUGGUCUGCCUCGCUGCAGAGAGCCUACGGGUUUGCGGUAUUCUCCUACAGCCCUUUCUCCCUACCAAAGCAGACCAACUCCUCGACAUGCUCGGGGUGUUGCCAGAAAACAGGACAUUCAAAAACACCGAGCUCUUCUCAGACACUAGCUACGGAGUGCCAAUAGCCAACCCCGGCAAGGGAAGGGAAGACAGUCUAUUUCCUGCGUUAUACCAAGGCCUACAAGCAGCCGAGGAGAAGCUAAGGACUGUCAAGAAGGAGAGAAAGGAAGCAAAGAAGCGGCAGAGUAAGGCACAGAGAGGGAAAGAGGUCGACGAGUGGUGGAAACCGGAGGCUAGUGGUGGGCAGUCAUGAGCGAGAGAGGAUGUAUGAUAUUUGUAUGAUAAAAGAUACCAUGGGAUGUUGGAGUUUUUAUGCUCGAAGGAAACUCUUGAAAAUAACAAGCUUUUGACACACAAACCAUUGCUACGGUAG